CUUGGCUCCGACCAGCCCCUGGCGCCUCGCUCGCGCAGGCGCGCAGAACCCGGAAGCGUCUCUCCUGGGCGCCGCCAUAUUGGCGGGUGCUGGGCGCCGCCAUAUUGUGCCCGCUCCCUUCCGCACGGCCCGGCGGCGGCAGGAGGCGGCGGCAGGAGGAGGCGGCGGCGGCGCCAGCCAUGUCCGAGACCUACGAUUUCCUCUUCAAGUUCCUCGUGAUAGGCAGCGCUGGAACGGGGAAGUCCUGCCUCCUCCAUCAGUUCAUAGAAAAUAAAUUCAAACAGGACUCGAAUCACACGAUCGGCGUGGAGUUUGGCUCCAAGGUCGUUAACGUAGGAGGGAAGACAGUGAAACUGCAGAUCUGGGACACAGCUGGGCAAGAAAGGUUCAGGUCGGUAACCAGAAGCUACUACCGCGGUGCGGCCGGGGCGCUGCUCGUGUACGACAUCACCAGCCGGGAGACCUACAACGCGCUGACCAACUGGCUCACGGACGCGCGCACGCUCGCCAGCCCCAACAUCGUCAUCAUCCUCUGCGGGAACAAGAAGGACCUGGACGCCGACCGGGAGGUGACGUUCCUGGAGGCCUCGCGCUUCGCCCAGGAGAACGAGCUCAUGUUCCUGGAGACCAGCGCCCUGACGGGAGAGAAUGUCGAAGAAGCCUUCUUAAAAUGUGCGAGGACCAUAUUAAACAAAAUCGAGUCAGGCGAGCUCGACCCGGAGAGGAUGGGCUCGGGGAUCCAGUACGGAGAUGCCUCCCUGCGCCAGCUGAGGCAGCCGCGGGGAGCUCCGGCGCAGACCAAGCAGCAGUGCGGCUGCUAGAGGCCGCUUGGGCGCCGAGGAGCCCGUAGGCAAGGACCACGUGCCUCGCUCGCCGAGUCCCCGCUUCCCACGGAGCCCCCUGCCCCCUCCUCCGUUCCGUCAGCCCUCCUCGUCCGAGAAGCCCUGGGACUCUCGAGUUUACCUCCGUGGCAAACGCCCCGUUUGAUUGUAUUUGACCGAGGUGGCUUCUGUCGAACGCUCCUCGCCCGCCGCUCGUCCGUCCCCGUGGCGCGAGGCCGGCUCGUCCCCGCCCUGGGCCGCGCCGCGGGCGGACCGCCCGGCUCCUCCGUGCCGACGCCUGGGGCCGGCGGGCGCCUGCGCGGCAGCCUCUGUCCCCGUGGGUCCUGUGCUGUCCCCCCCUGAGCAGGCUGGGUUUUGUUUCGCUUGUUUAAAAAUAAUCUCCCCCGAGACGCUGCUGCGGGGUGACGGUAGCGUUUUGGGGGUGCCUGGAUGAAGGGGGGGGCCGCGGCAGAGGGGUCGGAUCCCCCGGCCCGGGCUCCGGUGGGAGCGGCGGCUCGGCUCCAAGCGCCUCGGAGCCAGGAGCGGUGAACGUGCCCGCCAGCCCCUGGGUUUUGCCUUUUUCUGCGUUCUUCGGUUUGAAUUUCCGCUCCCUCCGCACACCCCCACGGCGUUUUUUUAGGGAACGGUGCAAACACUCCACCUCCGCCCUGACCUCGCCGGGAAGCCGCUUUCCCCGGGGCCGGGCUCUGCCCCCCGGCUCCGUGUUUCGGGGCAGCGUCUCUCCCGUCGGCUCCGUCCGCCCGGAGCGGGAUCCCUCCGCUGCCGACCCCUCUCCGCCGGCGGGGCGCAGCCCGGGGCCCCGCUCCCGUCGCCGUGCACCGGCCGCGGAUGGGGUGCGGGAGCCUCCCCCCGGCACGGCUGCCAGAGCUGCAGGCCGGGCCCUUCCCCUCCGGCCGGGCCCCGCUGUGAGUUUUAAACCCUCCUUAUUUAAAAAUAUCUCCAGCCGAGUAGGGGAAAAAAAACCCCACCUUUCCCUGCUCGGCUGCCCGGGAGCGCGUGUGCGUCCCUGCCCUUCGGCGGGGGGGGUUCGCUUUCUUUCUGCUUCUGUUUGUGUUAUUUAUUGCACUUGGGUGGGGGAGAGGGCCGUGGGGGGGGCGUCUGUGCUCCCCCAGCCCGUCUGCAUGCACAGGAGGAGGGGGGAGAGGCGGCCGGACCCGACACGGUUUCUGAUUUAGCCCAGGUUCGUUUUCUUCUCUCUGAAACAAAAAAAAAAAAGCGCGAUUCCCUCCACCUUCAGGCUGUGAAAACGUGACUCUCGUACAUAAAGUAUUAAUGUUUUCCA